AUGGAAAACUACAGUGAGACCUCUGCUGAAUUUAUCCUCCUGGGGCUGUUCCACCCAUCAAGCCUUGACCUUUUCCUCUUAACUCUCAUUGUCCCCAUCUUCCUGAUGGCCCUGGAUGGCUAUCUGUGCAUGGUCCUGCUUAUCCUCCUGGACACCCAGCUCCACACACCCAUGUACUUCCUGCUCAGCCAGCUCUCCCUCAUGGACCUCAUUUAUAUCUGCACCAUUGUGCCCAAGAUGGCUUCUGGUUUACUAUUUAGAAACAAGUUCAUCUCCUUCAUUGGGUGUGGGGUUCAGUGUUUCUUUUUUGCCAUGUUAACAGGUUCAGAAGGACCUAUUCUGAUGUCUAUGGGCUAUGACCAUUACGUGGCUAUUUGCUUCCAUCUGCACUACCCCAUCCACAUGAACAGAAGAGUGUGUGUGCUGAUGAUACUGCAAUCCCAGGCAAUGGGUUCUGUCAACUCCUGUGCUCACACAUUCUAUGCCCUCCGUAUCCCUUACUGCAGGUCCAGGACCAUCAAACAUUUCUUCUGCCAUGUCUCAUCCAUGCUCACUCUAGCCUGGGUAGACACCUGUGUCUAUGAGUACACUGUGUUCUUUAGCGCCAUCCUCUUUCUUGUGUUUCCUUUCCUGGGUAUUCUGCAUUCCUAUGGUUGGGUCCUUCUCAUUGUCUACUGCAUGAGCUCAUGGGAAGGCAGGUAG